GUCGCGCGAGAGAAAUCAGACGCCGAAGUUCGCUUCAAAACAAACGUCGCUCCCGUUAUAUCGGGUCGCUGCUUGCUGAGUGAAAAAUGGCGUCGGGUUAAAGGAUCAAUGCAUUUUAUUUCCUGGAUAUUUUCCCAAAGCAGUUCCACCGAGCCUUUGGAGCGCUUAUAUGUAAAUAUAGACAUUUAAAGCGACUGGUUAAUAAUGAACUGAUCAUCUGCACCGACUGUUAGCCACAAUGCUAACCGGCUAACUAGCUAAACAGCUAGCUGACGCGGAUUAGCCUGUGAGCGCUGAGAUCAGUUUAAAACACGGAUUGUUCACCAUGUAUUUUCUGACGGCUUGGCCGCGGAGGCUGCUGUGUCCGCUGCAGAGCGCCGAGGAGCCCUUUAACAUCCAGCCGAGCUCUCAGCGCUUUUACCUCGCCGUGCUGUCGGACACACAGAUCAGCAUCUGGUUCAGCAGACCCAGCGUUCUGAUAGUGACUUAUAUCGAAUCGGAGAAGGCAUCUGCUCAGUUUGGCUUCUAUCAGCAGGCCGAAUGGAAAGCAGACGACUCCAUGAUCGCAGUAGCGGCUGCUAACGGAUACGUUCUGCUGUUCGACGUGGUCGGAGGCGGAGAUGAGAAAUAUCUGUACGAGCCCAUCUAUCCAAAGGGUAGUGUGCGUGUCAAGGUUACUCCUGGGUAUAAAGAGGAACAAUGUGCUCCUGCGCUCAGUGUGGAAAUGAAGAAACCAGUCGACCUGGAGGCUCCUAUUACCAGCCUUCAGUCUCUGCAGGAGGAUUUGUUGGUGUGUACAGCUGACGGUUAUCUGCACAUGCUGCACUGGGACGGCGUGUGUAACGGGCGCAGAGCUGUAAACCUCAGCACCAUUCCCUUCUCUCUGGACCUGCAGUCUUCACGUGGAGGUCCGUGUUUGGAUCUGAACGGCGUCCACAUCAGAGAAAUCGAGUAUUGUGUGACGUUGGAUGGUUUCGCGGUCGUGCUCGAUGACGGAAGACUCGGCUUCAUCACGCCAACCGCUACCAGGCUCUCCACCGAGCAGUUGCAGGGCGUUUGGGCAGCAGACGUGACAGACGGCACGUGUGUAGCAGUGAACAACAAAUACAGACUGAUGGCUUUUGGCUGUGCGAGUGGCUCUGUGUUGGUUUACAUGAUAGACAACACUACAGGAUCAAUGCAGCUGUCGCACAAACUGGAGUUAAGCCCCAAACACUACCCAGAUAUCCAUAAUAAAACAGGUCCAGUUAAGCUGAUUCGUUGGUCUCCGGACUGUAGCGUUGUCAUGGUGACCUGGGCAUGUGGAGGUCUCUCCAUGUGGAGUGUGUUUGGAGCUCAUCUGGUCUGCACGCUCGGAGAGGACUUCACUUAUCGAUCAGAUGGCAGUAAGAAGGAGCCACUAAAGAUCAGCUCUAUGAGCUGGGGGGCAGAGGGUUACCAUCUGUGGGUGAUUGGCAGUACAGAGGUGGGCACGGAACUGACAGCACAGUUAAGCCAGGCCUCCAUCCUCCAGUUCCAGUUCAUUAAGAGCGCUCUCACAGUCAAUCCUUGUACGAGUAAUCAGGAGCAGGUGCUUCUCCACGGUGAGGAUCGGCUGCUGAUGACGUGUGGAGAUGCUGCAGUUCAGAUACACAACCAGGAGCAACACUCGGCACGGAGCACAACACACACACAGCUCAGCACUUUACUGGGACACAAACACUGGCAUGUAGUGCAGAUUCACAGCACAUAUCUAGAAUCUAACUGGCCAAUACGGUUUGCAGCCAUAGACUCUGCAGGUCAGUGUUUGGCGGUAGCAGGAAGACGCGGAUUUGCACAUUACUCUUUAUAUACCAGGAAAUGGAAACUGUUUGGAAACAUUACACAGGAACAGAGUAUGACUGUAACUGGAGGUCUCACCUGGUGGAACGACUUUGUUGUUGUUGCCUGUUACAAUUUCAUCGACCAGCAGGAGGAGCUGAGAUUAUAUCUCCGCUCCUCAAACCUGGACAACGCCUUUGCCAGCGUUACAAAGCUGCACGCUGAAACUUUGCUGCUCAACGUGUUCAGAAACACAAUCAUUUUGUUUCGUACGGACUGCUCCAUCUGCCUGUAUAGCAUUGAGAAGAAGCAAGACGGCUCUUCAGUGUCUAUAGAUUUACUACAGGAAGUGUCGAUGUCACGUUAUAUUCCUCAUCCCGCACUGGUGGUUUCAGUUACACUCACUUCAGUCAGAACAGAGACGGGAAUGUCACUGAAAACCACACAACAGGCGUGUAAUGCAGAAAGUAUUUUGUUGAAUUUGGCCGGUCAGCUCAUUAUGCUGCAGAGAGAUCGGUCUUGCCCACAGGUACGAGACAAGGACACGUCAGCUGGUCAGAAAACACUGUUGCCUUUCUCUCCGCCCGUGGUUCUGGCUCAGUGUGUGGAGAGCGUCUGGGCCUCGAGUCACUCUGGUUCUAAGAAGCGCCACCUGGUGGAGGCUCUGUGGCUAUCGUGUGGCGAGUCAGGGAUGAAAGUGUGGCUCCCUCUGUUCCCACGCCGCGAGAACCGCAAACCGCACUCGUUCCUCUCGCGCCGCAUCAUGCUCUCCUUCCUCCUCGACAUCUACCCGCUCGCUGUGCUGUCCGAGGACGCACUCGUUUUGGGCGCUGCUAAUGACACUCUUCUUUAUGACUCUUCUUUUUCCUCCAAAGACAGCCUUGGAGGAAACUCUUCUUCUUUAGUUGGCAUCGGAGGAGAUUCUUCCACCAAAGAGAGCCUUUCGCGCAGGCCCUCCACGUUUUUGUUGUCCCGGGAACCCCCAGAGUCAUUUUUUCCAUUCUGUUUGGUAGAAAGAACGUCCCAGAUCUACCUCCAUCACCUCCUUCGUCAGCUGCUGGUGAGAAAUCUGGGCGAACAGGCCUUAUUAUUGGCUCAGUCAUGCUCAUCGCUGCCUUAUUUCUCACACGUGCUGGAGUUGAUGGUGCACGUGGUGCUAGAAGAGGAGGCCACAUCUCGUGAGCCCAUUCCUGACCCGCUGCUGCCCACCGUGGCCAAGUUCCUAGCUGAAUUUCCACUGUUUCUGCGCACCAUCGUCCACUGUGCCCGCAAGACUGAGUUCAACCUCUGGAACUAUCUGUUUGCUGCUGUCGGGAACCCAAAAGACCUUUUUGAGGAGUGCAUCAUGUCCCGUGAUCUGGACACAGCAGCUUCGUACCUCAUCAUACUGCAGAACAUGGAGGCUCCAGCAGUGAGUCGCCAACACGCUACUCUCCUCUUCAACACGGCGCUCGAACAAGGAAAAUGGGAUCUCUGUCGUCACAUGAUCCGAUUCCUCAAGGCCAUCGGGUCAGGGGAGAGCGAGACCCCACCCUCUACUCCAACCAGCCAGGAGCCGAGCUCGACAGGAGGGUUCGAGUUUUUUCGCCACCGCAGUAUCAGUCUGUCUCAGGCAGCAGAAACCAUUUCUACAGGAAAAUUUAAUUUACAGAAAACCUUUAGCAUGCCUUCAGGACCCGCCACUAAAGGGUCAGACAUUAAGGAGAGCGACAGUGCUGAGAACAUGUACAUCGACAUGAUGUUAUGGCGACACGCACGCCGUUUGCUGGAGCAGAUCCGUCUGAAGGAUCUGGGCUGUUUCUCAGCACAGCUGGGCUUCGAGCUGAUUGGCUGGCUGACUCGUGAGCGCACACGUGUUGCUCGUAUCGUUGACUUUGUGUCUGCCCUUAAAUGCCUCCAUAACGACUUUCUGUGGCCUUUUCCUGUUCUCCCUGCUGGCUCACCACUCAAAAACGGACGCUGUCGAACAGUGUUAAGCACACGUCUGCUGAAGUCUCGGUCUAACGAUAGCUUACUGAACAGCGAUAUGGACACGGCUCCACCGCAGAUCACCACCAAUCACAACUGGUUGGAUGGACUAGGGGCGGAGCCUAAAGAGAUUGACUCCGCUUCAUCACAUGGUGCUCCACAAACACAAGAAGCUUUUCUCUCUCCACUCAUCAAUAAAACGGAGGAGUGCAGUAUCGGCUCAGCGACAGAUCUUACAGAGACCAGCUCCAUGGUGGACGGUGACUGGACGAUGGUGGACGAGAACUUCUCCACCCUGAGCCUCAGCCAGUCCGAGCUGGAGCACAUCUCCAUGGAACUGGCCAAUAAGGGCCCUCACAAGUCCCAGGUGCAGCUGAGGUAUUUGCUGCAUGUGUUUUUAGAGGCAGGUUGUUUGGAAUGGAGCAUCGUGAUUGGUCUGAUUCUGCGUGACGUCAGCAUCAUUAAGCAAGUGUUGGGCUUUUUGGAUGCUGCGGAUACAGAAACUGUUCAGAGCGUACAAGCUGGACUCAUCGCUAUUGACCAGUGGGCUUCAUCUGAUUGUCUGGGUUACAAGCCCUUCCUGAACCACAUCGCUCCUGAGCUGCAGAAGCUGUGUGACGUCUCCGUAGAUCAGGACAAGCUCGACUCAUUUCAGCCGUCCAUCUCCAAGAUGGCCGACCCUGUUCUCCCCCGAGUGGAGGAGCAUCGUGGGGUGGCAGCCUUUACACACCCCAUGACACUUGAGAUCCCUGCUGGCUCCGCACCUCGUAUUACGGAGGACAACCACAAGGAGGAGUUAGAGGACGAGGCAUCCGAGGAAGGAGCUUAUGACUGCACUCUCUCGUGAUUUGAGAGAACUGAGAAUCAGCAGGGUCUGCAUUCCUCUACGCUGUGUCCUAAACCACCCUCUUAUUCACUAAGCCAUGCAGCAUCGGCAGAAGGGCGCGUUAUGGGGCGUAGCAGGAAGCACAGGCAGAAGGCAGGAACUUUGUCUGGGUUUCAGUUGCACAUCUUCAUGUGUCGAGAGCAUUAGGAGGACUUGGGCACAGCAGAGAGAACAUGGGAUGGUUUUGUGAUCAGGAGACUGGCUUUUUAUUCACUGUGCAGGGCUCACAUCAUCUUCACCUGGCACAGGGCAGUAGAGGUGUUGAAAGCGUUCAUACACUACAUCAUACUUAUAUACUUACAUAUGCUCACAAAGUGCAAUUUAAACAGUAACAGCCUUUAAAUUCGUACGGUUUAACUUUUAACAACCAUUGCACUGAAAUGUAUUCCUUUAAAAUCCACAUGUUUGUAUUUGCUUUGAAUUAACAUCAUUGAUAUUUAACGGUUUUAUUUUAGUGCCGAGUUCCUUUUAAAAGCCGUGUUUCCGGGAAAUCGGACAUCUAGAGCCAAAUACCUUUCAGCGUUCACAAAUUCAGUAAUUGUUGUCAGAUAUUACAGAAAUCUGGGUUCCGGCUGCUCAUUGCUCAAAUACAAGAGCUGGCAAAAUACAGGAAUAAAAUCUUUGGUUAAACAUCCGAAAAUAUCUGAAAGUAGUUUUUUUUCCCGUAGUUUUUCAUAGUUUUUUCCCCCCCACAAAAACUACGUUCCGAAUUCGGAAUAUCUGACUCUUAAAUAAAAUGACUUUAAAGAAGGUCGUGACCCAAAGCUGAAAGAGGCAAACAGAGCAGGGAGAAAGAACUUGUCCUAAAACCUGCGUCACACUGCGAGGAUGUACAAUGUACACGCUGUUCAAACACUCGCUCUACAACAACCUCUAAGCUCAUCAAGACAAAGGGAAAAAGAAUGUGGGAUGAUGUGUAGCCUAUGCAGUGAAUAAGGGGUAAUUUGGGAUGGUGUAAGACAGAAGAGGGGUGUGUGUGUGUGUGUGUGUGUGUGUGUGUGUGUGUGUAUACACUUGUGCUAUCUCUUAUGUGUGAUGUUGCACUCCUGUCUUUUGGUUGAUUUCCUAUUCAUCCGUGUGUGUGUGUGUGUGUGUGUGUGUGCGCGUACGCGUGUGUUCUGUGUUCUAACACCAGUAUUAUUGAUCUCUAUUACAGGAGCCUGUAUUUCCAAAAUGAAUCUAAUGCUAUAUAAUGUAGUAUAAGCAGAAUCUGGAUUUGUUCAUUCACACAAUCCACAAAUUUUGCUCCAAGAGCUGGAUAAAGAUCUCGUCAUAAUUCCCCCGUGAACACACACCGGUUCCAGCAGCUAUGGUUUAGCUGUGUAGCUUUUACACAUUGUUUUUCCCCUGGACAGGGUCUGUGGUGUUGGGGCAGUAAAAAGCUAUUGGUUAGAAUGCUUGAUUUAUUAUUAUCAGAAUUAGAUUUGUUUGUUUUUGGGUUUGGGCUUCACUUGUGCUCAGUUCUAUAGUGACUGAUGCACACUGGUGUUUCAUAAUCAGCCCCAUAAUUACACUUUUAUUAUAUUCUAUAGAUUCAUAUUAUUUUGUAUGGAGCAGUCUCAUGUACUGACCAGCUCAUUUCCUCUGUAAACAAUAGUUACAAUAGUUAUCACUAGAUUUUAGGCACAUGACAAAACGGACAUCUACAGAUUUGAUAUAUUUAUUUUUAUUUUAUUUUAUUUUUUUGUUUAGCAUUUCCAAAACAUUAUGUAACAAGGAAAAGCAGGGAACAAAAAAAACUGCAGACUAGUAAAAGAUUCUGAGGAGAUAAAUGAUCAAACUCAAGGUCAGAUUUACCCCCAGCCCCCUUCAGAUUUACCCCCAGCCCCCUUCAGAUCUAACCCCAGCCCCCUUCAGAUCUAAC